AGUUAUUCCCCUUAGUCCGCUCACGUGAUACGGAAGUGGCUCUUGCAACAACAACAUAAUGCAGCAGACAGCGGAAAAGAUGGAGAUUGUUUUGACGUAUCGGCAAGGCCAAGACGGAUGAAGGGAGAUUCUGACCUGGAUGUGCAAAUUCUAGGCUCUACACGACAUGAUGGCCAGCCUUCAAGAGGCCAUAGACAGUGACGAUGUUGCAGGAGUGAGACAGAUCCUUAAACAAAAUGCAUACUCUCAAAAGGAGCUCAAGAAUUGUCUCUUCUUCAGUUGUGGCAGUGGAAAAGUUGAUUGUGCUGCAUCUAUCUUGGAAACAUCAAUCUCCCCAGAUCUACACAAUGAUGAUGAGUUUACUCCUCUUACCCUUGCAUCCAGAGGGGGGCACAGUGCUGUAGUGGAUCUCCUCAUACGAUGGGAUUGUGAUGUGUCGAUUCCAGGAGGGCCCUUAACCAACACUCCUCUACACUAUGCAUGCAGUGAGGGUUACAACGAAUCUUGCAAGCUACUAGUUGAGGCAGGUGCUGAUCUGAACUCAAAGAAUGCCAGGUCAGACACCCCUCUCAUCCUUUCUUCCAUGAAUGGUCAUAUCAGUAUUGUCAAAUACCUUCUUGAGAAGAAUGCAUCUGUGAGGAGACGAGGAUAUCAUGAGAGGACUGCUCUCCAUUGCGCAACUGAGAAUGGACAUCUUGAGAUCUGUCGUCUACUUAUCAAUGGCAACUCUGAUUUAGAGGAGGAAGAUACUUUCGGAAAUACCCCUCUUAUCUGUGCUGCAGAGAAAGGGUAUGUGGAGGUGCUGAAACUACUUCUCAAUCACAAAUGUGAGGUCAACAAGAUGAGCCACAGCGCAGCUACAGCUCUACAUUUUGCCGCUCAACAUGGUGAUUUGAACUGUUGCCGACUUCUUCUUGAUGGUGGGGCAGAAAUUGAUGCUCCAGAUAUUCGUCGAUUUACGCCGCUCAUGAUGGCCUCUCUCAACGGACAUGAUCACAUUGUUGAUUAUCUGGUAGAACGGAAGUGCAAUGUUAACAUGGUAGCUUAUAAUAAAAGGACUGCUCUGCACCUAGCGGCAGAAAGAGGGAAUCUCCAAUGCUGUAUUUCACUGCUCAAAGCUGGUUCAAAUAUUGAUGCACAGGAUUCAUUGGUUUGUACGCCGAUUUAUAAUGCAGCUAUCAAAGGCCAAGCCGCGAUAGUGCGAUUUCUGAUCGACAAUGGCGCAGAUCUGAACAAGCGUCCCAGCAGCGGCAAUUCUAUUCUACACUUUGCUGCCACAGGUGGCAGUCAGGAGUGUUGUCAGGAGCUUCUCAAUACCGGCUUUGACAUAAAUGCACAAAAUCGGGAUGGUGUAACCCCAUUAAUCGCGGCUGUAAAUGGAAAGCAAAUUAAAGCUGCCAAAUUUCUUCUAGACAAUGGAUCUGAUACAAAUUUUCGAGAUCUUCAUGGAAUGACAGCUCUGAAUGAGGCAGUCUUCUACAACUGUCCACAACUUGUUGCUCUCCUCCUGGAGUAUGGGGCUGAUCCAGAUUUAGAGGACUAUGCAGGGACGCUUCCUCUGUGGUUUGCUGUUGAUGGCUUCAGCAAUGAGUCGGUGAAGUUGCUACUUGGUGCUAACUGUAAAUUUGAUAUACAGUCGACACUUAGUAGCUACUGUGGUCCAUGCAAUGCAAUAGAACACUCUGUGCAUAAGAAGAAGGCGAGGGUGCUGAAUUGGUUGGUGUCAGCUUACUGUGAGGAAGCUCUCAAUGUUCUAAAAGAACACUUGCCAAAAAUAGAAAAGAUGACGUCACUAAAUUCCAACAUGUUGGAGAUUGUGCGUGAAAUGACGUCAUCGCCAAGGACACUGAUGGAGCACGCUAGGAAAGGAGUUCGUGUGACACUUGGGAAGGGCACAGGUAUAACAGAAAAGAUUGAGUCGCUCAAGGUGCCAAAGUGUAUUAAAAGAUAUCUCAUGUUUUCUGAUAUGGAAAACGACACUGAAUCUUCAAAAUGACAUAAUAAAUAUCAGUUGCAUAUUAUAAUAUUGGAAUGUGUAUGUAAUAGAUGGUUAUGAAAUAAGACUUAAAUGACAUCCUUGGUGAGAGAAAAAUUUGAAGUUAAACCAUCAGUGGCAGUGCUCUGUUUCUUUAAUGCAGUUGUAUAUGCAUUCUGCUAGCAUACAUUGCAUGAUCAAAUCAUCUUGAGCGGCAAUAUUGUCAUUACUACACUAUUGGUUUAUAUAAGAUAUUUGGAAAGAGCAGAGUGCUUGUUUUAUUUGCAUUUUAAUUGAUCGUUAUUAAUAAUCAGAUUUUUAUGAAUUUCAUAUUUUAGCGGCUAGCUACACUGUAGGUGAUAUAUUAGAUUUUUUUAAUGCAAUGUGCAGAUCAUAUUCAAAGAUUAAAAUUUUUAUCCUUCUUUGAUUUUUAAAAUGAACCAAUUGUAUUUUCAGUAUGCCAGAAUUUUAGUGUUUUGCAUCAACUGGACAAAAGAGAGAGUUUCAGCAUUAUUUGUUUUGACUGCCUAAUAUGAUUUUAGACUCGGUGAUGAAAUAAAUGUACGUACAUAUAGUCAUGUCUAUAAGAAGUGCAUGCAGAUUCAUUUUCAUAUUAAAGUAACCAUGCAUCAUGCAAGAGACUGAUCAUAAUCAAGGGGAAAUUGCUAUACAACUAAUUUAUUUGCAAUAUCACACGCAAAAAGCAAGCCAAAGGACAGUGGGGACAUAAAGGAUAACAACAAUGUUUGGUGAAUGUAGUCAUCCGCUCAGUUUUUUGCCGUCUGUUUCUAGUAAAAAGAUCGCUGAUCGACCAGUAUGUCCAGACGUGAAGUGAAAUAUAUAUAAAAACAUAAUGCAUGGCGCAAUGUUAGAAUAAAAUGUGAGAAUGUUUAACAUACUACUAGUAAAUACAUUUUACUUAAAGUCAAGGGGUUGCUGAUAAUACAUUUCAUUAGUCUCCUACCUUUGACACCAGGGGACUAUAUAUGUUUCCCCUCAGGAGCUUGUCGUCCAUCUUGAAGGGACGCUCGUAACGUCAAAGUUUGUCUGCACUUUUAGCUUGCGGCUUCAUUCUUUGAGGGAUUUUGAUCAAAUUUCACACAAUUAUAAAGGACCGUAUCCAGUCUAUCCGAGAAGUUCGAGUUUCACGGUUUCUUGGUGAAGGUCAAGGUCGCUGUUCUGUUUUUAUCGGGAACCGGUAGGGGACAUGCAAUAUGCAGCAUGCUUUAAAAUUGUUACAAAGAAAUCAAUGACAGCACUAAUUAUGACGAAAAGAGUUGUAGAUAUAAAAAGGUUUUCCGAAAUGUUUAAAUAUUGAACGGAUUUAUCCUCAGUCGCGCAACCAGAUCAGUUGAAAGGUUAAUAAAUUGUAUUUGUUUUAGCAAUUGUGAAUUAUUUGUUAUGACGUUCAGAAAUUUAUAUAAUGUUUUUACAUUGAUUGAUAAGAAAUCCUAUUACGCAUUCUCUAUAAGUACUGUCGUGUUUGAGAUACUCGAGAGGCUUGUGGUGAAUGCUAAGUUGUUAAAUCGGAUAAUAAACAACAUGUCAGCGUUGUCUUCUAUGAUAGUUAUGUUAUUACACUUAAUCGAUUAGUAAACUCUGAGACUUGUUCACGGUUUAUCACUUUUGUUGAAGUUUAAUCAGAUGCUAAUUGUCACAUGAUGUUUAUCUGUUCAUUUUAUGAUAUAGAAAAUGCAAAAAUUUGAUAAGCAUGAAUACAUAGCUAGAUAAAAAAAAAUGGUUCAUGACGUCACAAAAACUUAUUCGGGAAG